UCAACAUUUCAAAAUAUUUUUCAAUUUAAAUUAAAAAAUAAUUUUAGGAAAAACUAGUCUUUAAUAAAAAUAUUAUUCAUAAAUUCUCAAAAUGACUUCAAUAGCUCCAUCAAAAAAAUCCACUCCAAGAGGUAGUAAAAAUGGAGCAGAUCAUUCGCAAACUCUACAAAUUAACGAACCGAAAAGGUCUUCCAAGGCCUUUACCCUGCCCACAGAUAAACAUUUGUUUUCCUUAGAGAAACCAGAUGAUUUUGAAAGCAUCAUAUCCGAGGCCGGAGAUCGUGUGGUAAUGUUUGAAUUCUUUGCAGCCUGGUGUGGCCCCUGUAAGAUUUUGACCACCAAACUCAUGGACAUGGCUGAAGUGUAUAAGGGCAAGCUAUUGAUUGUGAAAAUUGAUGUUGAUGAAUUUGAAGACAUGGCUGUGGAGCAUAAUGUCACUGCCAUGCCCACAUUUUUGAUAAUGCAGCAUAAAAAGUUGCUGAAACAAUUUGCCAGCAGCAAUGCCGAGAGUUUGCAGGAGACGGUGGAGACUUAUGCGGGAAAGCCAGAAGGACAGGGAAAUGGAAAAGAGGAGAAGAAGUGAAGAGCUCUCACAUUCAAUAUUUAAAUUUGAUGGGAAAAUUAAGGCUGGCAUUUUGGAAAAGUUUACUGAACUUUCAAAAUUGUAAUUUUAAAUGAUUAUUUCAAGAUUUUCACUGCCAAUUUUAGAUGUCCAUAAUAAACAAAAUUAUUUAGAAAAGUGCGAGAAAUUUGUAGUCAAACAUUAAAAA